AUGAAGUCGUCCAARAGUGCGGCGCACAAGAAAYCAAAACCGAUGGAUUAUACGAACYAUGCAUAUAAUGAGGCYGUUAGCCGGCUGAAGCUAAUGUUGGCCGAAUCAUAUGCCCCGCCCAGCAGAGGAGGUGGCGCUGGUUCUGCUGCUGGCUGCAAUGGCGCUUCGGGGGCGUAUAUGCGGCACGUGAAUGAGGACUCGACCGAUAACUACUCGGACAACUUGUCGGUCAUCGAACGUCCCGUGUAUUCGGAUAUCUCGAAGUACUUGUCGCCAGCACAGAAAUCACGCCUCAGUCCAGGCGUACGCAGCAAGCCGAAACCUUUCAAUGCCUUCUCGUCGUCGAAGGAGAAUUUGACAUUGCAAAUGCCAUAUGCGGCCAGCACUGCAACAGCAACGGCACCAUACGAUUAUUACGCGCCCAACAAAACGCAACCGCAGCCGGUCACUGAUAGCGUCCACGCACCGGUGGAGAUCUUCAAUUUCAUUGAAAAACAAGAAGACUACAUUGAACAGCUGGAGAAAGAGUCCAAAUACUGCCGCAACGAGUUAACCAAUUUACUUGGCAAAGUCAAAGACGUCAUCAACGAGAACACGCACCUCACGGAGACCGCACGUUCCGAGCUAGCCACGUUAGGCGGUGYCGAUAAGACACUGCCYGCAACGAGUCCUUCUUCCGACAGUGACGAACAMCAGCAUUAUAAAAAGAAAACUUCUACGACGCCACGUAGUAAGAAAGAAAYUUCGUCUGCUGCCGUAAAGUCGCCACGUUAUGCUUCGGCGCCMAAUAUUGUCUAUGAAGCGCGCAUAAGUGAGCUUGAGGCGGAGCUWAUGCAAGCCAAUAUUGAUUUGAAACGUUUGAAGACGGAAAAUGAAGAACUCAAACGCAAAUUGGCACACGUUGACCCACUAGUGCUAGCUGGUGCCCAUAAACAAGCGCCAGCGAGCAGCUCGUCCACCAAUAACUGCGAUGCGCAUCGCAAGCAAAUCGAGCAUUUGCAACUGGAGAAGAAUGCGCUUGAGGAAAGUGUACGSCAGCUGCGGAAACUAUUGGAUGACGCCAAGUCAGAGCAGUAUACAAGCAGCACAUCAUCCAAACGCUAUAUAAACGAUCUGGUGCAGAUGGAGCGUGCUCAAGCCGAGCUGGAGGUGAAGCAUCUGCGUGAGGAGCUCGAUCGGCAGCACGAACGUGUACGCGAACUGCAACAUGAGAUGGCGCGUCGUAUUGCAGACGAGCGUGCCAAUGCSGAGCGACGCUACAACACRCAGGUCGAUCAAUUGGGCGGCGAUCUGAGCAGUCAGUGGGAGCAGGUGGCCAAAUUGCAGUUGGAUUUGGAGCGUGAAAAACGCUAUGCAAAUGAUAUGAAGCGUGAUCUCUCGAAUCGCAAUGCACAGAUCGAUGAGUUGAAGAUGGAGUUGCGUUCCAAUCGCAAUACCUUCCUCGCCGAUAUGGCGCAAGUGAAUGCGGAAAAGCAAUCGUUGGAACAAGAGAUCACGGCAUUGCGACUACAAUUGGAUCGUGCGGCGCGUGAGGCGAAAACYGAGGCGACGCGUCUGACAGCCGAGAUAACAUCGUUGCGACAGCGUUUGGAUCGUGGCGAUGCUGAUUUACUGCAUUCCAAGCGCGAAAUAUUACGUCUCAACGAUGAGAUCGCCAAUUUGGAGAAGGAGCUGGCUUAUGGYGAAAUGAAAAAUGAAAUCCGUCCCACCAAAAAGGAUUUAGAUAAACGUAUUUCCGAAAUGCAGGAGAAGCAUGUCGAAACGGUAAAUGAACUUGAGGAUAUGAUACAGAGUCAGAAGCAACUCAUGGAUAAAUUAACUAGCGAAUGCAAAACGUUGACCAGUAAACUCGAGGACACAACUCUUAAACACAAAACGGAAAUAUCAACUUUACAAUCGAAUGUAGAAUAUUUAACCAAUCGCAUGCUAAACAGCGAGCGUCUGGGAAAGUUAGAUAGUAAUCCGAUUUCCUACGGCAAUCUACAAAGCGCCAAAGCCUCUCUCGACUACAAGCCGUCCACAUUUGAUACAGCCGACGCCACACGUUCCAUUACUGAUGACUACGCCAAGUCCGCUCCGUAUAAUUACGAGUCCAUACUCGGUAAAUCAGGCUCUUCYGACAUCUAYGGCAGCAGCACCGCCAACACAACAAACAGCGUUAAUGCCGCACCUGUCACAAGCACUACCAGUUCCUUGUACAACAAGCCCACUUAUGAGACAACAACCAAUGAUGGCAGUGACGCGCUCAAAGACUACAAGUCCGGUUACAACAGCAAGUAUGGUMUCAAYGAUCCCGAUGACGAAAAUAUCAAAGACAAUUUGGGAGAAGGCGAAAAACGGCGCACCAGCAACGAGCUCAUCGGCAGUACCACAGCAAUGCCAAGCACCGCUGGCACAACCAAGUCCGAGUAUGACUACACAAAAGAAUAUGACAAAGAUUACACAAAAGACUACAGCAAAGACUAUGACAAAGAUUAUACCAAAGAYUACACAGCCGGCGAUAUCAACACCGUCACCGGCGGGGCAGACAUAUCGGGCAGCGGCACCGAUCCUAACUUGGCCGCUCCCAACACCAGCGCCAGCAAUGACUACAAUACCGACUACAGCGGCUAUGAGGGUUAUGGACAACAGCAAUACGAUGGUAGUGGAUACGAUGUCUCCGGCUACGAUCAGUCAGCAUACGAUGGUAGCCAACAGCAAUAUGCUAGUGCAGGACAAUACGAUACCACUGGACAGAGCGGAUACGACACUAGUGGCGGACAGGCAGGUUAUGGUGACUACACAGCUGCCGAUUACGAUCAGUCCGCAUAUCAAUACGACAGAGCGGGUGUCGGUGAAGAAGUCGCAACAACGUCAGCAACGCCCAGCGCUACCACCGGAGAUAUCGACACAACAUCAAACCCACCAACGACAGCACCCGCARGUCAAACAGCAGCACCACCAAACAGCUCAACAGCAGCGCCACCUGCCGGUAGAGUCGCCGCGAGCAUUGCUGGCCGCUCAACAACGGAGAGCCGCAAUCAACCGCGAACGGGCAGUGGCGCUGUGGGGUCAGGAAGUACCGGUAGCAGCGGAUCAGUCGGCGGAGGAAAAUCCAAUUUGUCACAACAGCCUGCCGCGUCCGCAACCAAAAAGUAGUUGCGCUGAAUGGGUGGCCGGCAGUGUAUGUAGUUCUAAGGAACUAUACGAUCCCUUUGAGUUGGAGUUUAGUAUAAGCAGUCCG